AUGGGCAUCGGACGCAAACAAGAACUGAAGGAGACGGUCCUUAACGAAGUCCAGGUCGAGUUCGCAGAUGAAGAUAUCAUCAAGCCAGCGCAAGUCAAAACCGAUUACUCUGGCGCAAGAGAGAAGACCGAUCCCGCUGAGAUUGCGCUCGUGAAGAAAUUGGACAGAUGGAUCAUGCCUAUGCUCUGGAGCAUGUAUUGGCUCAACUAUCUCGAUCGUAACGCUAUUGCGCUGGCGAGAUUGAACAGACUUGAAAAAGAGCUCAGUCUCGAAGGGUCUCAAUACCUCACCUGUGUGUCCAUCCUCUUCGUCGGUUACUUGUGCGGUCAACUCCCCUCCAACAUGUUCCUCAACCGCACCCGUCCAUCGCGCUACAUGGGCACCGCAAUGAUGCUAUGGGCUAUUGUCUCCGCCUUAACAGCAGUAGUCACCAAUUUCACCGGUCUCGUCCUCGUCCGCUUCUUCCUCGGUCUCACUGAAGCACCAUACUACCCUGGAGCCGUCUAUCUUCUCUCCAUCUUCUACACGCGCAAAGAAAUUGCUACCAGAAUCGCAAUUCUCUACACGGGUAACAUUCUCGCUACUGCUUUUGCUGGCCUCAUCGCUGCUGGAAUCUUUGCCGGUAUGGACCGUGCAGGCGGACUCAGCGGAUGGCAAUGGCUCUUCAUCCUCCAAGGAGCAGUGACUUUCCUCAUCGCCGUUGUUGGCUUCUUCCUUCUGCCGGAUUUCCCACAUAACACAUGGUGGCUUACAGAAGAGGAACGUCUUUUGGCAACCAGCCGUAUGGAAUUGGAUACCGUCGGAAACACAGGCGAGAAGCCAAGUGUGUGGGUUGGAUUGAGACAAGCAACUACUGAUCCCGUUGUCUGGCUCUUUGCUUUCAUGGCACAUAUGCAUCUUGCAGCCAAUGGGUUCAAGAACUUCUUCCCUACAGUCGUCGAGACUCUCGGCUUCACUCAGACCAUUACUCUUGUCUUGACUUGCCCUCCAUAUUUCAUUGCUGGCGCCACCACGAUCUUUGCAUCUUGGCUUUCCGGUAGGCUCAAUGAGCGGACUUGGCAUAUCACUGUGUCUAAAUCGAUUGCGAUCAUCGGUUUCGUUGUUGGUGCUACGACGACUAACAUUGGAGUUCGUUACUUCGCAAUGGUGGUCUUCUGUAUUGGUACAUAUGCCGUUAAUUCUCUGAUCCUCGGAUGGGUUGGAAGUACUUGCGGUCAAACCAAGGAGAAAAAGGCUGCUGCGAUUGGCAUUGUAUCUACGAUCAUGAACGCCAGUUUCAUCUGGACACCUUAUCUUUGGAACAAGAACGACGCUCCAAAAUAUCAACCAGCUAUGUUUUCGAGCGCUGCAUUUUCCGCUGCUUGUGCUCUCACUGCUUGGGUUGUCAAAAUUAUCAUGAAGAGAAGAAACGCAAAGUUGAGAGCCCAAGAGGACGAGUCUGCCACCUACUUCGUGUACUAG